AUGCGUCUACAAGCUUUGCUCUGGCCACUCGCCUUUUGCCUGGUGCUGCUCCUGCUUCCGUCCGGAAUCCAUUCCCAGUGCAACGAUACAACUCAGCCGGGAUGCCUACAUGCGGCGGAGCUUGGAGUCGCUCAGCGCCAUUGUCUGGAUCCCACAAAGUUCUGGCUCUGCACGGCCAUUGGUCAGCAGGCCCUGCUAAAGAAAUGCCAGCCCAACACGGGUUUUGACCAGGAUAUUAAUGCCUGCGUGCCUUGGAUCGCUUGGAGGUGGCAACCAUGUGUUGAGCCACCAAGUCGACCACCCGGCUAUAACCCCUGCUGGAACUGA